AUGGAACCAGAGUACAUAAGCCAAGAGUAUUUAGAUAGAUUGAAACCUUAUAAGAUAGAUAUUCCUGAGGACUCCAAGGAAUCUAAUCAAAAACGGUAUCUGUUGAAAUAUACAGAUACUUCACCCUUUGAUCUUAAAAAUACAGUUCAAAGGUUUGAACAUCUAUUAUCAUUAAGUCAUUUGUUUAAACAUUUUAUAGAGAAUAAAGCUCAAAAAGAUCUUAAAUUCAGACAGGUCUUAGAUGUGUUAAAAGAGAGAAAAGGUGAUGAUUUAAAGAAAAGUAAUAGUCAUCAUGAUAUAAGAAGACGCAAAAGUGAAAGAGAAGAAGAUGCGGAAUUGUUGCGUGAAGAAGAUAGUGAUGAUGAUGAGGGUAUUGAAUUCCAAUUUAGAGAUUCACCAGCCUACAUUAAUGGUAAACUGAGAGAUUACCAAAUUCAAGGUGUAAACUGGUUAGUGUCCCUUCACAAAAAUAAAUUAGCCGGUAUUCUUGCUGAUGAGAUGGGGUUAGGUAAAACUUUACAAACAAUAUCAUUCUUAGGUUAUUUGAGAUACAUUGAAAAGAAAAAAGGCCCUUUCCUUGUUAUUGCACCUAAAUCUACAUUAAAUAAUUGGUUACGAGAGUUUAAAAAAUGGACCCCAGAAGUGAAAGCUUUUAUUUUACAAGGUAAUAAAGAGGAAAGAAAUCAGUUGAUUGAAGACAAAUUAAUUGCUUGUGAUUUUGAUGUUGUCAUAGCAUCCUAUGAAAUUAUUAUUAGAGAGAAAUCCUCAUUUAGAAAAUUAGACUGGGAAUAUAUUAUUAUUGAUGAAGCUCAUAGAAUCAAGAAUGAGGAAUCCUUAUUAUCCCAAGUGCUUAGAGAAUUUACUUCAAGAAAUAGAUUGUUGAUCACUGGUACACCAUUACAGAACAAUCUUCAUGAGUUAUGGGCAUUAUUAAAUUUCUUAUUACCUGAUAUUUUUUCGAAUUCACAAGAUUUUGACGAUUGGUUUUCAUCAGAAGUUACUGAAGAUGAUCAAGAAAAAGUAGUUAAGCAAUUACAUACUGUUUUACAGCCAUUUUUGUUACGCCGUAUAAAGAAUGACGUAGAAACAUCAUUAUUACCAAAGAAAGAGGUAAAUUUAUACGUUGGUAUGUCUUCAAUGCAAAAAAAAUGGUAUAGAAAGAUUUUAGAGAAAGACCUAGAUGCUGUUAAUGGUGCUAAUGGGAAUAAAGAAUCAAAGACCCGACUAUUGAAUAUUGUAAUGCAAUUAAGGAAAUGUUGUAACCACCCAUAUUUAUUUGAUGGUGCAGAACCAGGCCCACCAUAUACAACAGACGAACAUUUGAUUUACAAUUCAGAAAAAUUAAAAGUACUGGACAAAUUAUUAGCUAAAUUGAAGGCUAGUGGAUCUCGUGUAUUAAUUUUUAGUCAAAUGUCAAGAUUGUUAGACAUUCUGGAAGAUUAUUGUUAUUUUCGUGGAUAUGAAUAUUGUAGAAUUGAUGGGUCUACUGACCACGAAGUAAGAAUCCAAGCUAUUGAUGAAUAUAAUGCGCCUGAUUCUAAAAAAUUUAUUUUUCUUUUAACUACUCGUGCUGGUGGGUUAGGUAUCAAUUUGACCACUGCUGACACAGUUAUUUUAUAUGAUUCUGAUUGGAACCCACAAGCAGAUUUACAAGCAAUGGACAGAGCUCACAGAAUUGGACAGAAGAAACAAGUGAAAGUGUUCAGAAUGGUAACUGAUAAUUCAGUAGAAGAGAAAAUAUUAGAAAGGGCUACUCAGAAAUUGAGACUAGAUCAAUUAGUGAUUCAACAAAAUAAAACUACAUAUAGAAAAUCUAAAAAAGAGAACAAAAAUGAUUCUAAAGAUGCUUUGUUAUCUAUGAUCCAACAUGGUGCGGCAGAUAUUUUCAAAAAUGAAAAUGAAACAAGAGAAUCAACUCCAACACUAACAUCGACAGAAAAUGUUACUACUAUUACUACUAAUAAUACUAAUAACAGUGGCAAUACUUCUAUUAAAGAUGAAGAUGAUCUUGAAAAUGACGAUUUUGAUCUUGAUGAGUUAUUGGCUCGUUCUGAAAGUAAAACAAAAUCAUUAAACGCUAAAUACGAAUCCUUAGGUCUGGACGAUUUACAAAAAUUCAAUCAAGAUUCUGCAUAUGAAUGGAAUGGUACAGAUUUCAAAAAAAAAAUACAAAAGAAUAUAGUCAACCCACUGUGGAUCCACCCAUCAAAACGUGAAAGAACCACCAAUUAUUCUGUAGAUGGAUAUUAUAAAGAUGUUUUGAACUCAGGCAAGGGUACCACACCGACUCAUUCGAGGAUACCCCGUGGUCACUUAUUUUUCCCUCAUCAAUUUCAAUCACCUCAGUUGAAACCUAUUUAUGAGAAAGAGCGUAUGUGGGUAGCCAAGAAAAUCAAAUAUAACCCAGAUAUAGAUGACGUUAAGACAAUCUUUAGUGAUAGUUAUCGUGAUGGUGAAGAGUACGAAGAAGAUAAUUUGAAAUUAUUAAACUUGUUAAAAUUGAUGAUUGCAAAUGCUCAACCAUUAUCAAAGGAUGAAGAAGAUUUGAAAGAAAAAUUGGAGAAAGAAGGGUUCCCCAAUUGGACAAAAAUUGAGUUAAGAAAGUUUAUUAGUGCAUGUGCAAAAUAUGGUAGAAAUAGCAUCCAGGCUAUUGCUAACGAACUCACACCAGGUAAAUCAUUGGAAGAAGUUAUUGAAUACUCUAAAAUGUUUUGGUCCAAAAUGGAAUACCUUGAUGAUUUUGAAAAGUAUCUUAAAUAUCUCGAUAGUGAAGAAGAGAAAUUAAAGACUGCCAAAUUACAACAAGAAGCCCUACGUCGUAAAUUAUCAGAAUAUGACCAUCCAAUGACUGAACUAACAUUAAAAUAUCCGCCAAAUUUGAAAACUUUUAGUAUUGAAGAAGAUAGAUUUAUUUUGUUAAUGUUGUUCAAAUAUGGAUUGGACAGACCGGAUGUUUAUGAUUUAGUAAGAGAAGAAAUCCGUUCCAGUCCAUUAUUUACGUUAAAUUAUUCAUUUAGGAGCAAAAAGAGUCCAGAGUUAGCUAAAAGAGGGAACCAGUUAUUAAAUAUUAUUGAGAAAGAAUUCAAUAAAGGUAUAAUAUUAAAUGACGAAAUAAAACAAAGAAUGGAACAAGAGGACGAAAACGGUAAACGUAUUCGUAAAGAGAUUAUGACAGAAGAAGAGGAAGAAAACAAAAGAUUGAAACUUGAAUAA